GGCUAAGGAAUCUUAUGACUGAGUCAUCAGGUAGUUGUUGGGAGAUCCCAGAAUCUUCUUUCAACUUCCUAUGGAUUGAGUCCAAUCCCCAGUGCCGUCUGCUUCACCUAUCCUCCUGCAUACAUAAGGUGUAUGUUUUAGGAAUCAGUCGUCUUUGAGGAUGUUACUGUGGAUUUCACUCUGGAGGAGUGGGCUUUGCUGGAUCUUGCUCAGAGGAAGCUCUACAGAGAUGUGAUGCUGGAAACCUUCAGGAACUUGACAUCAGUAGAUGAUGAGACUCCAUUUAAGGCCAAUGAGUCAGUUUCUCAGCAGAAUAUUCAUGAAAAUAAAAUAUCCAAGGAAGAUAAAAUACUGAAGUUUCGGAGAAAUGAUUCUUGGGCCUCUAUUUUAGGAAAAAUUGGGGAAGGCCUUAAGGUUGAAGAUCAGCAUAAAAACCAGGGUAUACCUCUGAGAGAUUAUAUGGUCGAGAAACUCUGUGAAAAUAAUGAAGUUAAUCUGUGGGGAGAAACCGUCACCCAGAUUCCAAAUCUUAAUCUAUACAAGAAAACGACUACUAGAGUUAAUCCAUGUGAAUGCACUGAGUGUGGAAAAGUCUUUACUUCUCGUUCGUCAUUUAAGAGACACAUCACAAGUCACACUGGACAGAAACCAUAUCAAUGUUCGCAAUGUGGGAAGGGUUUUAGUUUUCCAUCAGAACUAAGAAGGCACGUGGGAAUUCACAGUGGAGAAAGACCUUAUGCAUGUGAAUUAUGCUGGAAAACCUUCUUUCAUGUCCGGUCCUAUCAAAGGCAUGAAAAGGUUCAUAGUAAAGAGAAACUUUAUGAAUGUAAACAAUGUGGAAGUACUUUCAGUUUUCUCAAAUCCUUUCAAAGACACGAAAGGACGCACAGUAAAGAGAAAUUCAAUGAAUGCAAGGAGUGUGGGAAAGUCUUUAAGUGGCCUUCAUCUUUAACAAGACAUAUGAGAACGCAUAGUCGAGAGAAACCCUAUGAAUGUAAGCAAUGUGGGAAAGCUUUCAAAUGGCCCAUAUCUUUACAGACACAUAUGAGAACACACACUGAAGAUGAAUCUUACAAAUGUAAGCGAUGUGGGAAAGCUUUCAUUUGGCCCAUAUCAUUACAUACACAUAAGGAAUCACACUGUGGAGAGAAAUCCUAUGAAUGUAAACUAUGUGGGAAAGCUUUCAUUUCACCCAUGUACUUACAAAGACAUACGAGAGUGCACACUGUAGAGAAAGUUCAUGAAUGUAAUCAAUGUGGGAAAACAUUCCAUUGGCGCUGUUCCUUACGGAACCAUUUGACAACACAUUCUGGAGCCAAACCCUAUGAAUGUGAAGAUUGUGGGAAAGCCUUCAGGUGGCAUAUAUCCUUACGAGAACAUAUGAGAAAGCACUCUGGCAAGAUAGCCUACGAAUGCAAGGAAUGUGGGAAAGCAUUCUCUUAUCUCCAAUCCCUUAGAAGCCAUGAAAGGACUCACAGCCAAGAAAAACUCCAUGAAUGUAGGCAGUGUGGGAAAGCCUUCAUUCAACUCUUCUACCUUCGAAGCGUGAGAAUUCAUACUGGAGAGAAGCCUUAUGAGUGUAAAGAAUGUGGGAAAGCCUUCAAAAGUCCCUCAUCUUUACCAGCACAUAUGAGACUACACACUGGAAAGAAACCAUAUGAAUGUAAGAAAUGUGGGAAAGCUUUUAAUUCUUCUUCUGCUUUAAAAUACCAUGUAAGAACACAUACAAGAGAGGAAUAUUAUAAAUGUAAGGUGAGAAAGCCUCCUAAGAAGUAAUUUAUGUAUCAUACUCUAUAAAAUUCAUGCCAGGAUGUUAAUCUUAUAAAAAUUAUAAAUGUGUUAUUACCUUCAUUAGUACCUGAUCCUUAAAGUGAUCUGGUUGGUUGUGUGUUUCUACUUAUACUUUUCAGAAAUAAACGUUAAGUGAGAGAUAAUUCUGUAAGGACUCAUUUAACUAUGGUACGUAAGUUUUGACCAAACAGGGAUUGAAUAUUGUGUCCUCCGAAAGUGUGUGUCGCCAUGGUUAGGCCAUGAUUCCCAGUAUUGUGUAUUUGCCUGCAUUUUGUGAUCUGAUGUAACUGUUCUAUGUGUUGUAAAUUGUAUCCUCUAUGAUGUUAAUGAGGGAGGAUUAGAGUCAGUUACGUUAAUAAGAUAGGAUACAGUUUACAGGAUUAGGUUGUAUCUUGAGUCAAUUUCCUGAGAUAUAAAAGAAUGAGCAGAGAAGACAGGGACCUGGUUGCCACCAAGAAGAUCUAGGAGCAGAGCACGUCCUUUGGACCUGGGGGUCCAUGCACUGAGAAGCUCCUAGACCAGGGUUAAGAUUGAUGUAAAGAACCUU